AUGGGCAGCAUGGGAAGUUACCAAGUGGACUGGGCGCGCCGCAGUUACGAUGGGAGUAGUCAGGCGAGCCUCGCGGGGGGGUCUCCAUCGUUGCUGCAUCAGUGUGAAGGUGGGAAGCGGUGGAGCGAUGACAGAAGGGGCGUGAAUUGGUCAGGGGUGAACUCGUCGUGGGUGAACUCCUCGGGGGUAAACUCCCCUGUGGUGAACGCCCCCGUGGUGUAUCACUUGGGCGGAGAAGCUAAUACCAUCGGGGGGAGGAGCGUGAGCGAGAUGGCUCAUCAUAGCCAGCGGGUCCUGAAGGUGAAGGAAGCCCAUGCGGGGUGCCCCCCCCGGGGGAUGGAACCAAUUUACGCAGGUGAUCACUACGGGGAGGGGACCAAACAGACGAACGGACAGAUGAAAGCUCUCCCCCCCGUGGGAAUGAAACACACCAAACGGGCACCUUUAAUGAAUGCUAAUUGUGUGGGGUCUUCUAACCGGAGCAUACGUCGGGAGGUUCUUCACUCCUGGUGGGGGGAAGAACGAGUGGGGAGUCCCUCGAGCGAGGCUUCCAAUUGUUACACCCUUCCAAGUGUCCCUUACGACCAGGUGGGCGGUUCUCCCAAAGGGAUGAUGGGAGUGGUUCUAGUUCCAGCCAAUGGGGAGACAAGAAAUGGGUUCAGGAAAUGGGAUCAAAAUGGGAAGGAAGUAGAUGCAGGGUUGGUUCACAAGUGGAGCAGUGGUGGGUUGAGCGGUGGUGGGUUGAGCGGUGGUGGGUUGAGCGGUGGUGGGUUGAGCGGUGGCCGGUUGGGCAGUGGUGGGUUGAGCGGUGGCCGGCUGAGCAGUGGUCGGUUGAGCGGUGGCCGGUUGGGCAGUGGUGGGUUGAGCGGUGGCCGGCUGAGCAGUGGUCGGUUGAGCAGGACCUCAGAGUAUAGCUACAAAGAUCUCGACGAUAGCGCUAACGUUGGCGCUGACGUUGGCGGCGUGUCCCGGGGGAAGUGCUACCCUGAUGAUGCGUCGGUGGAGAGCCUUCCGAGGAAUGGCUUUCCCUGGGGGAGCAACGAGACGUUCCUUCGUGCAGAGGAUAGCAAUCGAUGCGCUGUGGUGGCCGUAGGGGGGGGGCGCUACGAGAGCGGUGAGCAGUGGUAUGGCCAAGCUGCUGGUAGAAGGCUGUCGGGGGAGAGUCUCCAAAGGGGGGUUAUGGCCAGCUGGGAGGAAGGCAGCUACAAAGACGGGGUGGCCGCGCUCGCCAGUGAAGAAGCGGUCAGUGAAGAGGCGAUCAGUGAAGAGGCGGCCAGUGAAGAGGCGGCCAGUGGGGAGAGCGUCGCCCGCGAGGGGGAUGCGGGCCGGCCCGCCCAGUGCACCUACAAUCAGAGCGACUUCACCCAGUGGGUCUCGCACAACCGGCUGGUGAAAAACAUCAUUUCGUCUCACAACGAGGACGGUCAGGUGGAGAGGCACGGGCUGUACAGCCUACUGUUCGACGCGUACGGGCAUAAUAGGGAAGCCUUCCGCGGCACCGGCGGGGGCGCGUUGGUUGGGCGAGCGGUUGGCAAGGGGGAAGCAACAUGCAAAGAGAUCGCCAAAGAGACCCCCAAAGAGACCCCCAAAGAGACCGCCAAAGAGACAGGCGAAGAGACCGCUAAAGAAACCGCCAACGAGACAGACCAACGCUGCAGCGACAGCGUGGUGGAGAAGGUCAUCUUCCUGAAGUACCUGUUCAACCAGUACGCGCACACGGAGUACCCCAACUGCAUCUCCUUCAAACGGUUCAAGGCAAUGUUUGAAGACUACAGAGGGGUGUUUGCCUCGGAGAAGAUUAUCCUUUUCAUAUUUAAUUGCCUAGACAGAUGCAGGAGGUACUACGUGAGCGAAUCUGAUUUUCUAAUUGGCAUGCUGGCGUGCAGUCCGCAGAUGCAGAAUGACAUUAGGAAGGACGCAGGGAAGCUAAGGCAUCAGCUGAUCUUUAGGGCAUACGAUUUGGAUAGAGACGGCUACUUGAGCAGAAGCGAAAUGUUCGUUUUUAUGUACCACCUGUAUGAACUGUCGAAACAGUUUAAGCAUUUGGAACUGAAGGGAAAUAAAAAGAAGAUGAAGAAGUUGGUGGCGGUCGAACGGGACAAGCUCAUGAGGAAGUGUCAUCGAGUUAGCUACGAUCAGUUUUAUCGCCUUGUGUUGGAGAGCAAAGUUCAGGGCACGCAGAACCUCCUCAGGUCCAAUUGCGACGUGGCCAGCGUCGUGAAGGCGCGCUUCCUCGAUGCCUACGCGGGGGGGCGCGGCCUCACCACGUGGGUGGACGCAGGUGGUGCCGCUAAUAAGGCGAAGAAUCCGUCCAGUGUGCAGCUAACAGGUGGCAACGAGCUGGAGUGCAGCUCUGCACAGUUCAGUGGAGAGUCUCCCACGGGGGAUGCCAACUCGGAGGAGGACCCACAGGUAAGCGGUACUUCCGUUAGGGGGGGGGAUGACCCAAAGGAAGACGGCACUGAGGGGGUAGUGCAGGAGGGACCGGCGGGUGGCACAGAGGGGGGGAAGCGGGAGCAGUCAGAGGAGAAACAGGAGGAGCAGUCAGAGGAGAAACCGGAGGAGAAGCCAGAGGAACAACCGCAGGAACAACCGCAGAGUGACGGUGACGCGGCGGAGGAACCCCCCAGUGGUCACUCGAAUGAGGCCCCAAACGGGGGCGGCGUGAACAGCGCGGAAGAGGUGACUGGCGAUGGGGAAGAGGAGGUUGGCGAGGGGGAAGAGGAGGUAAGCGAUGGGGAAGAGGACAAAGUGGAAGAGAGCGACGUGGUGGCAGGCGGUGAGGCAAAUGCUCAGCUGGGCGCGCCCCCCGGGGAGAGCAGCACGGACAGCAUACCGCAUUUCGGGGGGGGUCACCAGGAGGAGAGCGCCCCUGGGGAGCAGCGGGUCCAUGAGGGGGAUCACAUACAUGAGGAGUCGGAGCAGCAGCACACCAGCCGCGCCGGCCCCGAACGCAGCUGGAGCAACUGCGUGGAGCAGAUGAAGGAAAUAGUGAAGGCGUACAGAGAGAGGCACCUGACGGGGAAGGCCAAGCUCUUUGGGCUGAACCAGGACGUGGCGUUUAAAAUUUUUACCACCUUUUACAGAGUGAGUUACAGAAGGAAGAGAGAGAAGUACAGUCGGCAGGUUGAUGACGUCUGCACAGCUGCAUGCUCCUACAAUGAUGUCAUCCUCCUGUGUGAUGAGGCCGCGAAGGUGCUUAAGGGAGAGGACUCGAUUGAGCAGGUGGAGCUCCCUUGCAAAGUGUUUGGAGAUUUGCAUGGGAACGUUUUAGAUUUGCUGGACUUCUUUAACAUGUACGGCUGGCCGUUGCACGGAGGGACGAACGAGUGGCUGUCCGUGGAGGAGGUGGCCAUGAGGGGAGGUAGGUCAGUCUCGGUGGGGAAACUAAAGGAGGCUGUCCCCCACACGGGAGGUACGUCCGUAUCGGUGGAGAAACGAAGGGAGACUGUCCCCCACACGGAUGGCACGUCCGUAUCGGUGGGGAGAGAAAAGGAAGCUGCCCCCCACACGGGUAGCAACGAUGUGAAGUACGUUUUUCUGGGGAAUUACCUAAACAGGGGGAAGCACUCGCUGGAGGUGAUUUGCCUGCUGCUGAGUCUGAAGGUCCUGUUCCCCAAGCACAUAUACCUGCUGAGGGGGAACCACGAGGAGAGGCUACUCAAUUACGUGAAUGGGUUCUACGCAGACAUAGAAAAGAAGAUGAAGAGGAAUAUAAAAACAGCGGGGCUGAUCAAAUACCAAGAGGAAGUAAUAGAAGCUCAUGCGUAUGAAUUGUUCAACCGGGUUAAUGACGUGCUGGAGUUCCUCCCCCUCUCCGUGCUGGUAGGUGGGAACAUUCUCUGUGUGCAUGCAGGCAUUGGGGACAGUCUCCAGAACGUAGGAGACUUUGCAGCUAUCCCCAAACCGAUUGUCAUCCCUCAGUUUGUUAAUAGAAGUAGCAACGAUGCGUAUGAACAUGUUCAGAAGGUUAUUAUCGACGCGUUGUGGUCCGAUCCCAUUAAUUAUGAGGAUGAGCAGGAUGUGUUUCUCUUGGAAAGGCUGGCACAUGGGGAGGAUGUCAUUCCUUCCAGUCGAGGGAAGAUCACCCUUAAGUUCGGCCAGCGGAGACUUUCUUCCUUUCUGCGGAGGAACAAACUGAAGAUGCUCAUUCGGGGACACGAGUGUGUGCAGGAGGGGUUCCGGUACAGCUACGGCCGGCGGCUGCUCACUCUCUUCUCCGCCACGAAUUACUGCGGCCGCCACGGCAACGACGCGGCCAACGCCUUCAUCGUCCGCAGGGGCAGCAGCAUCGUCAUUUUCAACCAAAUUGUCAAGUGCCCGCGGAGUGAGCGGUUUGAACGGCUGGAACCGCUUGAACCGCUGGAACCGCUUCACAAGGUGAACUGGGAUGGAUCCCUCGAGAGACCCCUCCCGAGGGAGCAGGCUGCUCCCUACCCCCCAGAGCCCCUUCACUGGGGGGACUUCCCCCACGAGGUAGGCCAACCGCAACGUGGUGCAAGUCUGUUGAGUGGCCACCGAAUAAUGAGCAGUGUAUGUUCCCCCUCGGAAGUGCCCCCCCUUGGAGUGGAAAAUUGGAGAAGUGGCGAUCCAUCAUCCAGGGGUGACCACAUUGGAGAGGCCUCUACCGAUGGUAUGGGCAGUCAGAUGAAUAUCACCACGAGUAAGGCAAAGCACAGUGUUGGGGUCCUCACAGGUUUAGAAGAGGAAGAAAAAGCGGAGGAACUGCCACACAGGCGGGUGAACGAGGAAGUUACCCCGUUUAACCCCAAUGAGAAGGAGCUCGCAUCGGAUGGGGGAGACGACGAGCAGAGCAACCUCAUCCUCAGGGACAGCCACCCAAUUGUCAAGAGGAAGCUGCGGGAUACGAGGAGCAAUGAAGACGUGAACUGGGGGGCAGCUGUGCAGUUGGAAAAAGGGGAGGGCGUGCCCAGUCGCUUCGCGCGCGGGGGUGCUCUCCGCAACGACGGUCAUGAUGGGGACCGCAGUGGUGACCACUCCCUGAACAACUCGCGUAACAGCAUGGGUGAUGACCACUCGGGGGGAGACGCGCGAGAUGAUCCCCUUGAGGGGGGGCCACUAAGGAAGAGCAUCAUUACGAAUGGGAGCUGCUCAUCGGAAGAGGCACUAUAUGGUGGGUACACGCGUGGAAGCAGCGGGAGGAACUACCCUGGGGAGAUGCUCCCCUCCAAACUCUCUCCUUUCAAAGGUGAAGGUUUGGAGAUUGAGGAGGCACAGAACCGACAAGAGAGUAAGUCCCCUUUGGAGGGAGAUCCCCAUUUGGGGGGAGAUCCCCAGUGGGAAGGGGAAUACCUGUACGACGAUUACCAGCACUACUUGGGUAACCCCCCCCACGGAGACGCUUUGAAGAAGCCCCCUUGUGAUGAGCCCCCUGGCGGAGACGAACCCCCGUGUGCAGGUGAAACGAAGACAAACAGUCCAGGCAACACAAACGCUAUCAUCGAGACAUUUUUCCAAAAUGGAGGAAGAGAUCAUGGCGGUGAUGAGCAUAUCUACAGGGACCAUCUGGAGGAUAGCGAAGUGGAAAGGAGGGGCCAUUUAAAUCAUCGCCAGUGUGCAAAGCUGACUCCUUUGUCGAAGCGAACGAACGGUGUGAAUGUGCGGAGGGGAGAGGAAGGAGAGCAGUGGGAGCAAAAUGAAAGUUCUGCUAACCUGGUGGAAGAGCUGAUGAGCAAGCCGAUGGACUACAUGAUGAUGCCGCCCGACUUGGGGGUGGCUAAUCGGCCCAAGUUGCGACGGGACGCGCAUUCGAACCAGCACAAGAAGGAGCACGGCUCCGCCACCCUGCGCAGUUUGAGGAGCGAAAACAACACGAGCGAGUCGCUCAGCAAGCUACAAAUGCAGUGCUUGCCGGCGGACCCCAAACCGCAGACAAAAAUUUCGCUGCAAAAAAUUUUGGACAAGUUGGAGGACGAUGCGUAG